UUUAUGUUUACAUCCUCGGUCUUUUCAAGUUUAAAACAAUUAGAAAUUUUCUAUUCUGUAUACUUUUACUUUUAUAUCAUUGUUUAUAUUUUAUUCCUUGCAAUGGAACUUUUCAAAGCCCAAAAUGAAGAAACUCGUCGAAAACACAUCAAACUAUUAAAAGACGAUCAACUGCUUCUAUGUAAAACGAAAAUGGAAGAGAAGACCCGAUUUGGAAACAUGAUGCGAUUCACGAACACCCAAAGGCGGGAAUUUGAAGAAGAGCUGCAAAUUCACAUGCAAAAAGAACAGGCAGCUUUGAGCGAGUACCAGCACGAUCAAGACAAUAGUAUUGCUAGAGAAUUGAAUAAUAUUAAGACGGAUGAAUUUAGACAACUCAAAUUGAGACAGCAGUUAAGAGAAAAUUCUCAUGAAUUACGUGAAUUGGAAAGAAAACUUAAAGGUGCCUAUGUUAACAAAGAACUGGCCGCCCAAAUUGCCCAAAAAGAAGCUGAAAGGGACAAUGAAAAGAUUCAAGAGAGACGAACCCAUGAAAUUCUAAAGGAGGCUCGCGUUAAAGAAGAAGAACUGAGUAGACAGUUGGCAGAAGAAGAUAUGUAUAAAAAAGCCCAAUACAUGCAGGAGCUUCAAGAACAAAUAAUUUUGGGCGAACAAUCUAAAAGAUAUCUCUAUGAGGAGUUUUUGAAUGAGAAAAAGAUGAUUGACGAUAUCAUACAGAGGUUCCAUGAUGAGGACGAGAGGGCAAUGCAAGAGAAGAUGUGUAAAAUGAGAAAGACCAGAGAAGAAAUGUUGGCUUUUAAAGUAGCCCAACGAGAAUGGAAGGAAAGAAAAAAGCAAGAGAUCGAAGAAGAAAAUAGAAGAAUACAGGAGUUCUUGAAACAGAAGACUGCCAGCUCAUCAGCUAGGCUGGAACAACAACGUAAACGCGAAGAAGCCAAAGCCAAAAUCCAUGAAAACCUUGCAAAACAAGUUUACAAUGAAACGAUCAGAAAAAAAGAACGCGAAGAAAUAUUGCAAGAACUAAUGAUCGAAGAGCAGAAAGAAGCACAAGAUCGAAGACACAGAGAAGAAGUCGAAAAACAAAUCAGGCAAAGAAUAGAAAUAAAAGAAUCGUUGAAUGCUCAAUUUAGAGAAAGAGAAGAAAAAUUGCGGCGAGCAGCAGCAGAAGAUGCUAAAUAUAAAGAAAAGUUGAUGGAAGAUAUGGCCGAAGAUCAAAAAUUGGAACAAAUGUCAGCCCAGAAACGUAGAAUGAAGAUGCUGCAAAUGCGCAGAGAAGUUGAACAAAUAAUGAACGAGAGACGACAAGCCAGAGCAGAAGAAAUGCAAUUGAUGAUCAAACUUAAAGAACAAGAAGAUCAAGAAAUGGAAAAUAGGAGGAAGAUCAUCGAAGAAGAACGUAUAUUGUUGCUUAAAACGCACGUUAAAAAUCUUGUUGGCUAUUUGCCUAAAGGUUUAUUGAGGUCUAGCGAUCUGCCUUAUCUUGGAGACGAUGUUAUUGAUCAUUCUAAGUAGAUUUUUAUUAUUUUAUUGAACUAUGCAUUCCCAAUAAAUUUUUUCUGUGAUAGUAAUA